CGGUCAGGCCGAGAAAUGACUGCCUACCUGCCUACUAGCCUCGAUCCUUCCUCCGUGAACGCAAAGAUGUCGUUCGACAAGGUAGCUAACUGCUUGCUUAUCGCUUUCUUAGCUCUGGCUAACGGAAUGCCGCAGGGCGAGAUUACGGCAGCUACAGAAUCACCUGGACCACUUCCAUUUCUUCAAUUUACUAACGGAGGAAUCCGGGUGAACUUUGGAGGAUAUCAUGCUGAAGCUGGACUCGGCGGUCUUCUACGAGGAACAGGAGGUGGACUUCAUGCGAGCGCGGGUACCCCGUGGGGUGCGCACGCGGGUGCGGGAUUAGGUGGUCAAUUAAACGGAGAAGACGGCAAUCUCGGCGGCGGUCUAUACGCUCGUGCUGGACUCGGUCGUGGGAGACCCGAAGCGGCAGCCGGUCUCGGUGGAAGAUUAGACGGACGAUCGUCCAACCCGAUUGCCGGUGGUCUAUAUGCAGGCGCGACGCCGGGCGGUCCAGGAACCGGCGUGUAUCUUGGCGGAGGUCUUGGCGGAGCAGGAAUCGACGGAGCCGCAGCCGGCAGUGACGGAUCUAACGCGAAUUCGGGUGCAUCCGGCGCGACGACGAGAGACGCUAAUGCAACAGCGGAUGCAGCUGCGAGCGUGACGAAACUGACGAAGGGCCGCACGAACAUACAGAUCAUACGUUCGAGAGCACAGAAGGAGAAAGACGCGCAAAAGGAGAAAGAGAAGGUGGUGGCACUUGAAGCUGCCGCGCUGCCAGCUGACGCGCCUGCAGAUGGGAAGGCCGAGUCGCAAAACAAAGAGGUACGAAGAGCAGUAAAACUCGCUGCCGUGGCUCCUGCAGCGGAACUUGGACUGGUCGGAUCGGUUAAUCUGGUUGGAACGGCACCAGUCGUAAAAUCCGUCGAAAAGAGCAUUGUGGCUUCCGCACCUGUGGUACCCGUGGCACCCGUAGUACCUGUAGUACCUGUACAAGAGACAGUUGCAGUUAAUACGAUUACGACAGUCGACAAGAAUCCGACUGUAGUUGUUUCGAAGCCCGUAUAUCCGCGCUGGUACUUUAGGAAGAGGUUCUGGACCGUUCCUAGGAAAGUGGUCUAUACUGCUCCAACGGUGACAGUUGAUUCUCAAAGCUCACCUUCAGACAUUGUCGGUGGACUCUAUGCCAACUCUGUGGGAGACGGUGGUACAGUUGCCGUAGGCAAAGUUUAUACAAGCGGAUCCUUGUUCGAUGACAUCUUCAACAUUCCAAUUUCUACGUUGUCCGCUGUUAAUCAAUUGCUGAACAACGUCGGCUGAAACUUCCCAUGUAUUAUUAUAUAACUUUUAAAUUCGAGCAUACUAUAGUCGCGCGAUAUAAAAUAUUCACGAGCGAAGAUCGUGAGCCACGUUUCUCUCAAGGUCCUCCGAAUCUUCGAAUACAUUUAGCGUUUUCGUUUGUUACAUACUCAGCCCCCCCCCCCCCUUUCGGCGAAUGUUUAUUCCGUCUUACUUACGAAUGCCAGGCACACACGUGAUAUCCACCUUGCGGUUCCCUGCACGUGAUUAGAUUGUAAUUCCAGUGAUUUCACAUGCGAUACUAUUUCUUUGUCUCAACCUGCGAGUCAUUUUAAGAAGGUACAUUAAUAAACUUUCAUACGAGAAAAGAUAUUCUUGUGUCUGUCACGAAUUAUUUAUAUUCUACUGAAUUUAAUUCUAUUAUUUUACGACUUACAUGCUACUUUUAUUCGUAUACGCGAUACAAGUUUCAAGGAUAUUUCAUCAAGGAUGAAUAUUUACUUGUUGCCUCUUACUUAUUCUUACAAUUAGUAUAGAUCGCAUAAAACCACAAAUAUGAUCGUUAUAAAACGUUCGCUAUUAACCACAUACAACCACAUUAUUAUAUUUACAUGAGAUAUUUAAGCAAUUAAAAGAGAUAAAAUGCGAUUGGUAUAAACGAUAAUAAAACAGACGAUAAUAAUAUAAAAACCGGCAGAAAUGCAAAGAGAGAUAGAAGUAGUAAAACAACGAACAAGGAAUAAGGAAUAUUGUAAAUCAUAAGCAUGUUGACGCGAACGGAAGAUUUAAAAGCAAAAAAGAAGAAAAUGACAAGAAAAAUAAAGA